CAUCAGCCCCCGCCUCCCCCCCCGCCCAGCGCGGCGGCAGGAAAAGGGGGGGCCGGGGGGGACGCGGGGACUAUAUAGGAGCCUGCGGGGCUGAGCCAGGCACCGCGGAGCCCGACAGCCCCACGGUCCAGACCCCUCGAUCCCAGCGUCACCAUGAGCCCUGUCACCUCGAGCCGGCUGCUGGCGGGUGCGAUCCUGGUCCUGGUGCUCGGGGACCCCACAGACGCCUGCACCUGCGCCCCCCAGCACCCCCAGACGGCGUUCUGCCAGGCCGAUGUCGUGAUUCGGGGCAAGUUCAUAGGGGUCACUCCACUGAGCCACAACAGCAGCGGCGGGGAGUCCGUGUCGUGGGUCCGCUACGAGAUCAAAACCAGCAAGAUCUACAAGGGGUUCGAGCCGCUGGCGGACGUUCACUUCGUAGACACCCCGGCCCUGGAGAGCGUCUGUGGGUACCAGCACCCGGCACCCCUGAAGGGGGAGGAGUACCUCAUCAUGGCCACGCGGCAGGAUGAGCGCCUGACGGUCUCCGCCUGCUCCUUCGUGCGCCCCUGGGAGCAAGUCCCCCUCAGCCAGCGCCGCGGGGUCAGCCAGGCCUACGAAGGGGGCUGCACCUGCCAGGUGGUGCCCUGUCUCUUCAUGCCCUGCUCGCUGUCGGGCGACGCCCAGUGCCUCUGGACCGACGGGCUCCUGGAGCGGAGCUGGCGGGGGCCCCAGGCCCAGCGCCUGGCCUGCCUGCCCCGCCCCAGCCAGGGGGCGCCCCCCGGGGCCGAGCCCUUCUGCGCCUGGGAGCCCCUCAAGAGCCGCCUCCCCGGGGCCCUGCUGAAGGCAGGCCGGAGCCGGGGGCAGUGAGCCCCCCACCACGCCAGCCCCCUGGACUGUGACGCCCGUGGGCUCUGACCCCCCCCCCACAACACCCCACUCUGCCCCCCACCCGUGAAAAUUGUUUUCCUGAGUUUGAUUCGUAAAUAAAGAAAUCGCUGGGA